AUGGCAGACGUCUUCGCCAAGCUCCAGGACAAGAGCCUGCUGGUCUCUUCCGGUCUCGUCGCCGGGGAGUGGAAGAAUGGUCAGGAUGACAAGACUUUUCUCGUGUACGAGCCAUCAAGCGCAACAGUCCUCCAGGAGUGCGCCAACUUGAGCCGGCAAGACUUCAUCGGCGCCAUUGAGAGCGCCAAGAAGGGUUCGGCCAAGUUUCACGAGUCAACGACAGCAAAGGAGCGAGGCGCCCUGCUCAGAAAAUGGUCCGACUUGGUCAUUGCCAACGCUGACGACUUGGCCUUGAUUCUGUCUUUGGAGAAUGGCAAGACCUUUGCCGAGGCCAGAGGCGAGGUGGUCUACGCCGCUUCUUUCAUCUCUUGGUUCGCCGAGGAAGCGACAAGGUCUUACGGCGAUACCAUCCCUUCAUCCUAUGCAAACACCACUGUCUUCACAUUCAAGGAGCCCGUGGGCGUCUGCGGCAUCGUUACCCCUUGGAACUUCCCAGCAGCCAUGAUCACACGCAAGAUCGCCCCAGCCUUUGCAGCGGGAUGUUCAGUCAUCAUCAAGCCUCCAAGCGAGACCCCCUUCAGUGCUCUUGCCCUAGCCAAGUUGGCACUCGCUUCUGGCAUCCCGUCUGAUAUCAUCCACGUGGUACCGACCAAGGACAGAGAGGCGUCGAUGGAGCUCGCCAACAACCCUAUCGUGAAGAAGCUUAGUUUCACUGGGUCGACUGGGCUCGGCAAGAUGCUCACCAAGGCUGCGGCGGACACGAUGAAACGCGUGAGCAUGGAGCUGGGUGGUAAUGCCCCGUUCAUCGUGUUUGACGAUGCGGAUAUUGACCAGGCGGUUGAGGGUGCCUUGAUUUGCAAGUUCAGAUGUUCCGGUCAGACAUGCGUGUGCGCAAACAGAUUGCUCGUCCACGAAGCAGUCAAAGACCAAUUCAUCGAGAAACUCGUCGCCCGCGUAAAGCAGUACAAACUUGGCCGUGGAAUCGACGAGGGCAUCACACAAGGCCCCCUCGUCAACGCCGCAGCCGUACAAAAGGUUGACGCCCAUGUACAAGACGCGCUGAAGAAGGGCGCCGGCGCCGUCCUCCACACGGGCGGCAAGGCGCCGGAGGGGCUCAAGGGAUACUUCUACGAGCCUACGGUGAUCAGCGGGGUCACGACCGACAUGGAGGUCGCACACGACGAGACCUUUGGCCCCCUCGCGGCUAUCUUCUCUUUCAAGACGGAAGCAGAGGCCGUCGAGCUGGCGAAUGCCACAGAGUAUGGCCUCGCGGGCUACUUCUUCAGCAAGGAUAUUUCUCGAGUCAUGCGUGUAGCGAGGCGGUUGGAGUGCGGCAUGCUGGGCGUCAACACCGGUCUCAUCAGCGCCGCGGAGGCGCCGUUUGGUGGUAUGAAGGAGAGUGGACUUGGUCGGGAGGGCAGCAAGUAUGGACUAGCAGAGUACCAGAACAUCAAGUCUGUCACGAUUGGUAACCUUGGCUUCGACUGA